UCGGCUGUGCGGAGGGGCCCGUCCUGGUGUCCUCGCGCUCCCCCCGUCGCUGCGGCUGGCGCCAGCAUGAGCUGGGGAGAUGGGGCCGGCGCUAGGGCCCCCCUCUUCCUGCUGCUGCUGCUGCUCUACCCCGACGGCAGCUGCCUGCCGGGCCCCCGGGCGCGCCAGCAGGGCGGGGGCAGCGCCUCCCCCCGACCCCCGGGGCCGCCCGUCGUGCUGAUCCCAGGGGAUUUGGGUAACCAGUUGGAAGCCAAAUUGGACAAACCCACAGUGGUGCACUACCUUUGCUCCAAGAAGACAGACAGUUACUUUACGCUCUGGCUGAACUUAGAAUUGCUUCUGCCUGUCAUCAUUGACUGCUGGAUAGACAAUAUCAGGUUAAUAUACAAUCGAACAAGUAAGAUCACAGAGCCUCCAGAUGGAGUGGAUGUCAAAGUCCCAGGGUUUGGACAAACAUUUUCCUUGGAAUUUCUUGACCCUAGUAAAAGAAGUGUUGGCACUUACUUUUACACAUUGGUGCAGAGUCUGGUAGACUGGGGCUACCAGCGGGAUAAAGAUGUAAGAGGAGCUCCCUAUGAUUGGCGAAAGGCACCAAAUGAGAAUGGAGACUAUUUUGUGGCUCUUCGAAAGAUGAUUGAGUUGAUGUAUGAACAAAAUGGAGGUCCUGUGGUCUUAAUUGCCCACAGUAUGGGUAAUAUGUAUAGUCUAUAUUUCCUCAACCAUCAGACUCAGGAUUGGAAAGACAAGUACAUAAAGGACUACGUGUCACUGGGUGCUCCAUGGGGAGGAGUGGCUAAAACCCUUCGUGUGCUGGCUUCAGGUGACAACAACAGGAUACCUGUCAUCAGUUCACUUAAGAUCCGAGACCAGCAGAGAUCUGCAGUUUCAACCAAUUGGAUGCUCCCCUACAAUUACACGUGGCCUCCAGAUAAGAUCUUUGUAAGCACACCCACAGUUAACUACACUCUCCAGGAUUACCAAAAGUUCUAUAAGGACAUCAACUUUGAGGAUGGCUGGUUCAUGAGACAAGACACUGAGCCCUUGGUCUACCAGAUGAUACCACCUGGUGUGCGUUUGCACUGUCUCUUUGGCACUGGUGUAGAAACACCUGACUCAUUCUACUAUGAGGCCUUUCCUGAUAAAGAGCCCAAGAUCUAUUACAGCGAUGGUGAUGGUACAGUGAACUUGGAGAGUGCCUUACAAUGUCAAAAGUGGGUGGACAUGCAAAAGCAGGAAGUGAUACUGUUUGAGCUGUCAGGAAAUGAGCAUAUUGAGAUGCUGUCUAAUGCUACAACUAUUUCCUAUGUAAAAAAACUUCUUUUUGGUUUGUGACACCCAUGUGGACAGUGUUUUCUUGUUUUUUCUCCAUCACCUGUGAUGCCUUCCCUUAAGUGAGGGGGAAAUGCCUUUUGAUCCUUUGGUUUUAAAACACUUGGAUUAUUUAUUUGGUCUCUUUUCAGGCCGUGUUCAGAAAGCUGUUUGGUGUCCUUAAUGAUCACUUGUCUCUUGGAUUAGUGUUCAUAAUGCAUCAUAGUGUUUCACAUUCUAAAGGCUUGGUCAUAUGUGCAUUCUGGUGCUGCUAGACAAAUGUCCAGUGUUCAUACAGAAGUUCACUUGAACAUUUUUCACACCCUAUGUGCAAUAUGUGCAGCCUACACUGUUUCUUACUUGUGAUAUUUGGAGAGUUGGGGUGAUGGAAAGAAUUGCUUGCUGGUUACUGUCAGUUCUGUACUAAAGCAAUGGAGAGGUUGUGAAGGAUUUUUUGAAUACAGUAACUUUCCAAAAGGGUCACAAGUUCUGAAUCAUUGUCCAUAAAUAAGCUAGUAAAUAUGAAGGUCCAAGCAGGUGUUAUAAAUAGAUAUGGAGUUAAGAUAUUGCAGGACUUUGGUCAUAUACAACUUACCUGUUUCUUCAUUUGUACUGCUGCUGGAAAAGAGGGAAAGUGCAUUAAUUACCUGAAGU